AUGUCUUUUAAUUUCCAGGGUCCUACUUGGUUACGAGAGGACGCUUCUUAUAAUGAGUAUCUUCGACUGGGUGAAAAGGGUGAACUGAAUUUCCCGGAGUAUGAAAAGGAUGACGAAGGAAGGAUCAUUGUUCAUUACGGAGAAGCAUUCUGUCGCUGGCCAGAGUGUGAUCGUAGGAUGAAGAGACAAGAGACUCGGGACCUCCGCACCCACGUGAAGACGCACGUUGGGGAAUCAAUGCCCAAACCUGUUGCACAUCCCCAAUUUGGAAAAGGACGGACGCAAGCUAAGGAUCAAAUUCGCUGUAAGGUAAAGUACCCUUCACACCUGUGA